UAUCCGAAUGGCCGCGACGAUGACCAGCCAUGCGAUAUCUAUUGGUAUAGUGUAGUUCCAACGGACAUGAGGAGCAUUGUGAAGUCACCUCGUUGUCGAGUAAACAAAUUCCCAGGAAUGACGGACCUUUCGAAGAAAGUCUCACUUACACAUGCAAUCGACUCAAUGCGAAAAAUUUUCCCAGAUGAUUAUAAAUUCUAUCCGCCAUCGUACUUUCUUCCGGCACAUUUCGAUCAAUUCAAA